GAUUGAGGACCAGCUCCUAGUCUGCUCUAAAGAUGACUUCCAUCCUUCAACGAAGAAAUAAAUUUACACUGCAAAGGUGUGAAGAUGGCAGACAAAGAGCUGGAGAUAAAGGAGGCAUUUGAGAGGGCUCAGAAGGGCCAUAACAAUAAAGCCAAACUCGUGGCUGCUUUGCAAAACAGAUACAACAAGCUGGAAGACAAAACCACCUUCCAUGAAGAGUUUGUUCAGUAUCUGAAGUAUGCCAUGAUUGUUUACAAGAGAGAGCCUGCGGUCGAGAAUGUGAUCGAGUUUGUCUCCAGGUUUGCCACAAGCUUCCACGUUGCUGCCGAUAAUGAUGAGAUGAUGGAAGAGGAAGAGGAGGAGGAAAACCCAUUCCUGAAUUAUUUGUUUAAUUUCCUUCUCAAGUCUCACAACGCCAACAGCCAUGCCGUGCGUUUCCGAGUCUGCCAGCUCAUCAACAAGAUACUCGGGGGCAUGGCUGAGAACGCCCAGAUCGACGACGACCUCUUUGACAGAAUCCACGAGACCAUGCUGACCCGAGUGACGGACAAGUUUCCCAACGUCAGAAUCCAGGCCGCCCUCGCCAUGGCCCGCCUGCAGGAGCCACAGAACGAGGACUGCCCCACCAUAAAAGCCUACAUCCUGAUUCUGGAGAAUGACUCAAACCCUGAAGUGAGACGGGCUGUGCUAUCCUGCAUCGCUCCCUGUGCUCAGACCCUCCCCAGAAUCUUAAGACGCACCAGAGACGUGAAGGAGAACGUGAGGAAACUGGCGUACGAGGUUCUGGCAGAAAAGGUGCACAUCAGAGCUUUGUCUAUUGCACAGAGAGUAAGCCUGCUUCAGCAGGGGCUGAACGAUGCAUCAGGGGCAGUGAGGGAGGUGGUGCAGAGGAAGCUGCUGCCAGCCUGGCUGAAGCUGUUGCAGGGGGAUGUGCUGGAGCUGCUCCACAGGCUGGAUGUGGAGGGCUGCCCGGACGCGGCUGUGACCGCCCUCAACAGCGUCUUCGCCCUGUCCUCCUCUGAGGAGCUCCUGCACGACUGCAUUAAGCUGGACAGCAGGAAACUGAUCCCAGUGGAAAACCUCACCUGUGAGAAGGUGCUGUACUGGAGAGCGCUCUGCCAGUUUGUCAAGUCCAAAGGAGACGAGGGGGAGGAGGUGCUGGAGCAGCUGUUGCCUGAAGCGGCCAUCUUUGCAGAAUACCUGUUUGAAUACCUGAGAAGCAUCCCAACUCUGACAGAAGGUCAAAGGUCAGAUUUAGCACUGGCGGAGUUAGCCAUGACUAAGGAGUUCAUUGGAAAGGAGUUGCUUCUCCUAGUGGGCUGUCUGGACACCCAGGAAGAGGGAGGAAGGAAGCGAAUGCUGGCUCUGUUACAGGAGAUGCUUGUCCUGCCAAACACUCCCAUCUCUCUCAUAUCGUUGCUUGCGGAAAAGCUUGUCAUGAUCCUGAAAGAUGAUGACAAAAGGAUUCAAGUCGUUGCUGAGAUCAUCUCUGAUGUACGAGAGCCCAUUAUGCCAGUUGCUGAUCCCAUUGAUGAAAAUGAGACCAGGCGGAGACAAGUCAGGCUCGCAGAGGUCAAAGUCAAGAUUUUCGAAGCCAAGCAAGCACUGGAGGAAAGUAUCGCUGCUCAAGAAUUCAGCCGCGCCUCGGACCUGAAAGAUACGAUCACGGAGCUGGAAAACCUCAAGAACCAGCUGAUGAAGGAAACGGAGGAGCCAGAAAUGAAAGAAGUUCGUGUGGAAAAGUCUACGAUUUCUGGUCGGAAAUCACCCAACUUGGAGAUGUGUGUAGAAAAUCCUGAGAACAACAUAAAUGAACAAGCAUCCAUUAACUUUACAAAGAACGACCCGGAGACCUUGCUGAAAUGCCUGACAAUGUGCUCCGAGCUGCUGAAGCACAUGUCAAUCAAGAAAGGCAUUGGCCCCACCAUGAGUGGCAUCCUUGAAUCUUUGAUCCUGCCUGGCAUUGCCAAUGCUCACCCUGCAGUCCGCAACAUGGCUGUUGUCUGCCUGGGCACUUGUGCUCUCCACAGCAAAGACGUGGCAAACAGACACCUUGUGCUCCUGCUGCAGAUUGCCCAAUUAGACGAGACUAAGAUCAGGAUCAGUGCCCUGAAAGCUAUAAUUGACCAGCUCCUCCUCAAUGGAUUUGACAUGGUGAGAGAGAAGCCCUCCCGCCCCGCCGCUGAUGAUUCUGGCUCGGAAAAUGGCGACGGACAGUCUGAGAAUCAAAUGGAAGGAGGCGCUAAAGAGCUGGAUGAUGAGGACACCGUACAGAGCGUGCUCACUAUGCUCUCCGAAUUUCUCGACAGCGAGAUCACGGACCUGAGGACCGAGACAGCAGAGGGCCUGGCUAAGCUGAUGUUUUCCGGGAGACUCUCCAGCGCCAAACUGCUGUCCCGUCUCAUCCUCCUGUGGUACAACCCCCUCACAGAAGAUGACACCCGCCUCCGUCACUGCCUAGGGAUCUUCUUCCAGCUGUACUCACGCGAAAGCAGGUCCCAUCAGGAGUGCCUUGAGGAAAGUUUCCUUCCAACUCUGCAGACACUGUUCAAUGCACCCGCAACGUCACCUUUGGCAGAAGUGGACAUUUCAAACGUGGCCGAGCUGUUCAUUGAAUUGACAAGGCCAAGUGCAUUAAUUCAGACAAGCAAGGAUGCUGGUCUCCAGGAUAUCUCGGUGCACGACUGCCUGGCGGUGCGCCUGUGUAACGAGAUUCUGAAGGACCCCACUGCUCCUGAGGUGAGGCUGUAUGCCAAGUGUCUGACCACCCUGGAGCUCAGCACCGAGGACAGCACAUCCAAGAAGGACCUGAUCCUGCUGCUGGAGGAAGUCCUGAAGGAUGUGAAUGACAAGAUAUGUCUCAGGGCAAUAGAAAAAGUCUUUUGUCAGCUGAAAGGAGUUUCUAAGGAUGAGACUGGUGUGAUUCAGGGUAACAAUGUCCCAGAGCAGACUUUUCAUGAAAAUGAAGACAUUGAAAACAGUGAGGAGCAUGCUGCCACAACCAAAAGGCCAAAACGAGGCAACAGAAAAACUACCGCAGCAAAAGUGGCCAGAAAAUCCAGUAAAGCAAAGGAGUCUUCAGAUGACAGCGAUGGCGAAAAUGUACAAGAGGUGCCUGUCGCCAGGGCAACUCGGCGGGCAAAAACGGCAGCGCUGGAGAAAACGAAGAUGAAUCUCUCUGUUCUGAUGAGCCAGGAAGCAAAUGGAUCGUGAUUCUUACUUGUGACGCGUGCCCCUGAUUUUAUACACAUUG